UUUUUAGAUCCUGAGGUGACCUAAACCCUCCAUCCAGUUCUGUGAGAUUUAAUUAUUGAGGAAAUUCUGAACAACACAAAAUGUCUGCGAAGCUCCACCCCUUCAUCCUCACCAUCUUCGUCCUGUCACUCCUGGUCGUCGGCCAACAUGGACCCUAUAACUGUGUCAUCCAGCGAGAGCAGGAGAAAUGCCUGGAAAUGAUGGCGUCCUAUGAACCAGGAAGUGAAGACUUCGAUUGUCUCUGGAUGUGGGACAACCUUACGUGCUGGCAGCCUGCCAGGAUCGGGGAGGUCAUUGAGGUCAACUGUCCUGAACUCUUCUCUCAGUUCAUGAGUGAAGACGACUACGAACUGGGGACGGUGAGCCGUAACUGCACUGAGUACGGCUGGUCAGAGACCUUUCCUCACUACAUAGAUGCCUGCAUGUAUGAGGAAGGCAACAGCAGCCAGGAUCUGUACUAUGUGUCGGUGAAGGCUCUGUACACGGUGGGCUAUAGCACCUCUCUGGUGUCCCUCACCACAGCGAUGGUCAUCCUGUGCCGCUUCAGGAAGCUGCACUGCACCAGGAACUUCAUCCACAUGAACCUGUUUGUGUCCUUCAUCCUUCGAGCUAUUUCUGUCUUCAUCAAAGACGGCGUGCUGUACGCGAAGGAGGACAGCGAGCACUGCUUCAUACACACUCUGGAGUGUCGAGCGGUGAUGGUGUUCUUCCACUACUGCGUCUUAUCAAACUACUUCUGGCUGUUCAUCGAGGGUUUGUACCUCUUCACUUUGCUGGUGGAGACUUUCUUCCCUGAAAAGCGAUACUUCUACUGGUACAUCAUCAUUGGCUGGGGUACUCCAACCGUGUGUGUGACCGUGUGGGCCGUGUUGAGGCUGCACUUUGAUGAUAUCGGGUGUUGGGACAUAAAUGACAAAGCUGCCAUCUGGUGGGUGAUCAAGGGACCUGUGCUGGCUUCAAUCAUGGUCAAUUUUGUGCUCUUUGUCGGCAUCAUUGUCAUCCUGGUGCAGAAGUUACAGUCCCCGGACAUUGGAGGGAAUGAAUCCAGUAUUUACCUGAGGCUGGCUCGCUCCACACUGCUGCUGAUUCCUCUGUUUGGGAUCCACUACACAGUGUUUGCCUUUUCUCCUGAGAACGUCAGUAAGCGGGAGCGGCUGGUCUUUGAGCUGGGCCUCGGAUCCUUCCAGGGUUUUGUUGUUGCCGUUCUCUACUGCUUCCUGAAUGGAGAGGUUCAAUCAGAGAUCAAGAGAAAAUGGCGAAGCUGGACCGUGAACAGAUACUUUGCUGUGGACCUGAAGCACCGACAUCCUUCUCUGGCGAGCAGUGGGGUGAAUGGGGGAACGCAGUUAUCCAUCCUCAGCAAGAGCAGCUCUCAGAUCCGCAUGUCUAGUCUGCAGGCUGAGACGCCAGCUCCCUGAGCAACAAGGAGGCAAUGCCAG